AUGGAUCACUGUCUGUACAAACUCCCCUCCCUGACCGCUGCACCGGGGAUGAGCCGGAGGAGUCGCCUGGACACGGGUCAUGUGAUCUCCACUCUCGAGCGCCACGGCCCUGGAGAGAACACAGCAAUCCCAGGCGGCCAGAUGGAAAGGUCACCCAGGCUGUCCGACACGGGAGAGGGCAGGACGGGCACCGGGACUGGGGCCGAUAAGGAUCCUGCGACCAACCCUCUAAAGGAAGCCAAAAGGUCAGAAUCACAGCGCUAA